AUGGGUUCCGAUUUACCAUUCAAACUGAAUAUGUUGAAAAGAUGGAAAUUCUUCUUGAAAGGCAAAGACAAGUUUGCGAGUUCGCGAAAACAAGGAAGACGACAAAGCAUGGAUGGCAAAGAAGAGUGUAUCAGAAAUGACACUGUUAUGUUUCACGCUCUUAUCUCAAGAAGAACUGGACGAAGAAGCAGUUUUGAUAGCUCGGAAAUCAGUUCAGCGACAAGUAAUCUCAACUCCUGUCUCCGCUUUCAAGAAAGACUUGUUCGACGGCAACUUUCUUUGACAUCGGGGGCAGUAGAGAAGGAGCUGUUUUAUACAAGGCGGAUUGAUUUUACCAGUCGUGAGUUGACACUUGGGACACACUUUGAUCUCUUCAUAGAGGAAAAUACACAAGAAAAUUCCGAUCGCUUUCCAUGUAAGCUGGUCACGAACAACGCAAUGAUCACUGAUUCGGACACUAGAAUCGUUGAUGGACUUCUAACGACAACUUUGUGUUCGACAGAAUUGUAA